AUGAUCGAGGAAAAGAAAGAAGACAAAACCGCAAAGAAGGCUGCCAUGAAGAAGGAAGCCGAAGCUCUUGGCAUUACAUACGAAGAACUGAAGAAAAAGCAUAAGCGAAAGCGCAGAGAGGCUGAAACCCUCGAUUCUGAAGAACAUAAAGGCGAAAUGAAACGGCUGCGUUCUUAUUCAAAGGAAUUUGACGAAAAUGAUGCUAAGAGGCGUAGAACGCGAUUAAUGGAUGCGGCCGAAGAGAAUGAAGCCACUACAAAGGCAGAGAAAAAACUUUCUCCCGAUGAAUGGAGAAAGGAACACACCCUCACGGUUCUCGGUCAUGGUGCAAACCGUGAUAUCAAGAUUCCAAAUCCAUACAUUGAAUUCAGUGAUGCCCCAUUCUCCCCUAAAAUUCAAACAUCUCUUUCCAGAGCGGGAUUUGCCCGUCCGUCAAUCAUCCAAGCUCAGGCUUGGCCCCUUGCAGUUCAAGGAAAUGACCUAAUUUCAGUUGCGAAAACAGGUUCCGGAAAGACUUGUGGUUUCCUAAUGCCUGUUUUCCAUCAUCACGAUAAGUCCGGAAACGGCUUUCAGCGAGGUGUGCGCCCCAAGCCUAUUCUUCUCGUUCUUGCUCCCACUCGCGAAUUGAGCGUUCAAAUUAUGGAGGAGACACAGAAAUUUGGUCGUCCCAUUGGAGUGCGAAGCGUCUGCUGUUACGGAGGUGCAUCUAAGUAUCCUCAAAUCGCGGCUUUGGAACGCGGCGUGGAGUGUAUUAUCGCUACUCCAGGUCGUCUUAAUGACUUGCUUGAGAUGAGGAAAGCAGAUUUGUCAACCAUCAAGUUUUUGGUUCUGGAUGAGGCUGAUAGAAUGCUUGAUAUGGGAUUUGAACCUCAAAUACGGUCCAUUAUUGAAAAGAUUCCAAAAGCACGACAAACAUUGCUUUUCUCUGCCACUUGGCCAAAAGAGAUCCAAAGGCUGGCUUUCGACUUUCUAAAGGAUCCUGUGCAGAUCAAUGUUGGAGAAGUCAAUGUUCUCGUUGCAAACAAGGAUAUUAAGCAAGAGAUUGUCAUGUGCAGGGACGAUGAGAAGCUGGACAAGCUUACAGAUAUCCUUAAGGAUUUGGUUGCUAGCAGUAACGAGGACUCUUCUCGUGUUGCAGGUGGUGGCAAAGCACACGCAAAACUUAUUGUGUUCGUUGCGAAGAAAAUCAGUUGCCACGACCUCGCGAACCACUUGUGGAAUGAGGGGUUCGCCGUUGACUCGCUUCAUGGGGAUAGGGCGCAAUGGGAGCGUACCAAGGUUAUGAACGCAUUUAAGGACGGAACUCUGAGAAUGUUGAUUGCAACCGACGUAGCAGCAAGAGGUCUAGAUGUAAAGGACGUCGGAGUUGUUGUCAACUAUGACAUGCCUUGCGGUGUCAACGCAGUAGAAGACUAUGUGCAUCGCAUCGGACGUACAGGUCGAGCCGGUGCCAAGGGUAAAGCAUUCACUUUCUUUACUCCAGGGGACAAAAAGUGCGCCACAAAACUUGUUGAAGUGUUACAAAAGGCCGAACAGGACAUUCCUGCUGAGCUUCAAGCUAUGGCUAGACCCCGGGGAUUUGGUCGUGGUGGUGGUCGCGGUGGAGGCCGAGGCUAUGGAAGGGGAUAUGGUGGAGGCGGUGGUGGCCGUGGUAGAGGCUACAUGUCUGGCGGUGGUGGCCGAGGUAACCGUUACGGCGGCGGCAGAGGAUAUGGUGGCGGCGGCGGUGGCAGAAGCUACGGUGGUGGAAGAGGACGAUACUAA